AGCUGCGUGGAUCUGUCAGUUGCAAAUGCGCUGUGCUGGCCUUUGUUUAUGGUUACUGGAAGGAGAGCAGCUAGAGAGAAAGAGAGGAAAAAAACUUGAGGGUAUUUAAAUUCUCUGUGCAGGAAACUAGGUUAGAAAAAAGUGUCGGCUUUCACACAGACCUAUUUUCUAAAGUUCUCCUUUGCUGGGAGAUUACAAGUAAAGAAGGGGGGGGCAGAGUUGGCCAGGUUUCUACAGAAUCACCUCUCAACAGUUCCUUACUACCCCCCUUUUUUUUUAAAGCGAGAGAAAGAGAAACAAAGUUGUAUAAAGGAGAGGCUGGUGGCAAGAGUGUAGAGGAGUAGCAUAUGGCACUAAAAGGAGCACAGCUGGAGGUAGCAUUUCCAUCUGAACAUGAUGUCAGAGCAGCUGACAGGCUGCCAUCCCCCAGUCUUUUCUUCUACCGCACAGACUGGGAGUUAGUGUGUGUGCGGAUCUGUGUGCAGGAGGAGGCAUCGCAUUCCCCUCCAACAUCUCCUCCACUUUGCAUCUGUCCCUCGCAGUUUGAUUUUUUUUUUUCCUUUCCUCCCUCUCUCUCUGUCUCUGUCUUGCUCUUCCUCCUACUACUCCUUCAUUGAUUCUGCAAAGGGAACUACAGCAGCAGACGCUACCACAACAGUGGACUUAAUCAAGUUGAUGCGUACCGCAGGUUAUGAAGACAACAUGGAGUUUCCAGACCACAGCAGACAUUUGCUACAGUGUCUGAGCGAGCAGAGGCAUCAGGGAUUCCUUUGUGACUCCACUGUUCUGGUUGGCGAUGCCCAGUUCCGAGCCCAUCGUGCGGUGCUGGCUUCAUGCAGCAUGUACUUCCAUCUCUUUUACAAGGACCAGCUGGACAAAAGGGACAUUGUUCAUCUGAACAGUGACAUUGUCACUGCCCCGGCCUUCGCUCUUCUGCUCGAGUUCAUGUAUGAGGGGAAGCUCCAGUUCAAAUCUCUGCCCGUGGAGGAUGUGCUGGCUGCCGCCAGCUACCUCCAUAUGUAUGACAUCGUCAAGGUGUGCAAGAAGAAGCUGAAGCAGAAGGCCACGGCUGAGGCUGACAGCACCAAGCGAGAGGAGGAUGCGUCCAGCUGCUCGGACAAGGUGGAGAGCUUUUCGGAGGGCGGCAGCACAGGCCGGCCGGCCACUGCUGACCUGCUGCACAGUGAUGAUGAGGAACUGGAGGGCAAGAGGGACUGCCUGCAAGAGCCGGGCAGCAUGUGGAUGCGCCUGGCGUCUGAGCGCACUGCUUCUCCGGCCACCAGCCCCAGGGAGGCGGAGCCACGUGGACCCGAUGCCGGCAAGUCCCCCGCCGGCAGCCCCAGCAGCUCCACGGGCUCUCUGUCCCGCCGCUCCGUGCCCUCCCGCAGGGUGUCGGCUGACGCUGACUGCGUGCUGGACCUGUCGGUGAAGUCGGGCCUGAGUGGCCCCCCUGGGGAUGCCGUGGCUGGCGGGAACCCUUACUUCUGUGGCCCGGUGACCCCAGACAGCCUGCAGAGCACCCUGGUGCAAGUGAAGGUGGAGAAGGAUGUAGGCUCGGAUGAUGAUGAGUUGGCGAGCGGCGAUUACGAGAUGGAGCACAGCGGCCUGAAGGAACCCGCCAGCACCAACGGUACCCACAGCGUUCACACGGUCCAGCAGCGGCGGCUGGGGCUGGAGGCGCACCUCUCGGCCCUGCGCGAAGCCUCUCUGGCCGGCGAGCUGGAGCGGGACAGCAAGUCAGCUGAGGACGACAGUGAGGCGUUGGGCGGCGAAGGCGACCGCGGGCAGGAAGCGGCAAGUGUGGAGAGCUCGCUGCUGCCCUACGUGUCCAGCAUGUUGGGUGCACCACACGCUCAGAUCUUCAUGUGUCCCUUAUGCAACAAAGUCUUCCCCAGCCCACACAUCCUGCAGAUCCACCUCAGCACGCACUUCCGCGAGCAGGAGGGUGUGCGCUCCAAGCCGGCGGGCGACGUCAACGUGCCCACCUGCAGCAUCUGCGGCAAGACCUUCUCCUGCAUGUACACGCUGAAGCGGCAUGAGCGGACCCACUCGGGCGAGAAGCCCUACACGUGCACCACGUGCGGUAAGAGCUUCCAGUACUCACACAACCUGAGCCGGCAUGCCGUGGUGCACACGCGUGAGAAGCCACACGCCUGCAAGUGGUGUGAGCGACGCUUCACGCAGUCGGGGGACCUUUACCGGCACAUCCGGAAGUUCCACUGCGAACUGGUCAACUCUCUCUCUGUCAAGAGUGAGACGCUGAACCUGCCCACUGUCAGAGACUGGGCGCUGGAGGAUAGUUCUCAAGAACUGUGGAAAUGAAAGCUAAAAUGACAACCCUUUUCAAACUGCUUUUUAAGUUAAGAAAGAGAGGGAGAGAAAAAGAGAAAGAGAGCGACAUUGUAGGGCAGAGAGGUAAGGAAAGAGGUGGAUAGGUAGAUGGUGGGGAAGGUCUGCAUCAGUCAUGUUUCUUCUAUGUACAUUGCUUAUCUUGUUAAAUUGCACUUUACUAGCACAUGAAAAAAAAUGUUACUACUGAUUUUUAUUUUCUGGUUUAUUUAGUCGUGGGUUUUUUUUAUUCGUUUUUUUUUUUCUUUACGUUUUUAUAAAACAUGGGUGCUGGCUAUGGCUGUCGCCUCUGACACAAAAUGUGUGAAUCUGAAUUUAACAGUGUAUAUACAUACACUUCUAUACACUCCUGGAUUUCAUUGAACAUCCAUGCCAUAAAAAAAAACCAUAUGAAGAUUUCAGGUAAUACACUGAGGAAGUUCAAAACUGAUACACUAAACGGGUACUACGAUCCUAUAUUUACCUGUACACAUAAGGCUCAUUUAUGAGUAUGUGUAUAUAUCGUGCACUACUAUACCUUUAUUUUGCAAAUAUCAUACCUGGUGUGUGAGUGUGGCCGCACACAGACACGGCGUGUUAACAAGUUAGUCCUUUGAAUCCUGCGAGGAUGUUUGCUCAAAAAGCUCCAAGCUUGUGUUAUUUAGGCUCUUGUACAUUUAUUUUUUGACUUGUGAUGGGAAACUUGACUGAUAGAAGACAAAACAGGCACUCAUGCAAUGUACAGCCUCCUUUUUCAUAUCAAUUUACACAUUUUUGUAUUGUUUGAUGAUGGAACUGAUGAUUCUUUCAUCUUAAAUUUAGUUGCAGACGCUCAACACUUGUUUUCUACUGAGAUUGGGUUUACGUUUGGUGCAUUUCUAGACAUUUCUGUAGUUUUUGUUUGUGUUUUUUUGGUUUUUUUUUUUUUUUUUUUUUUUUUUUUUUUUUUUUUUUGAAAUGGGAUCUGUUUUUUGCAUGACGUCCAACAUGUAUAUUUAAGAAGAUGUGAAUUGCUGUAUUACUGUACACUGUAAUUGACCGAUUCAUUACAGUCAGGGCACCUGUCUGUUUAAAAAAAAUAUAUAUAUAUACUUUAAUAUUACAGCUGUAGAAAUUGCAUGAAUUUUAUUUAACUUACUCUUAUUUUUGUUGUUGUUUUGCAUUGGAGAGUGUAUUUUUAAUUAACUCAUUUGAUUCCUCAGUAGUUUUUUUUGUUUGUUUUUCUCCUCUCACUAGAGAGUCCAUGGUGACUCCUAUUAAGACGUUCUGCUGGGCUGUGAAGAUGGCGUAAAUGCACUGAUGUUAGGUUGCAGUGUGUCUGUGCCCAAGGGAUCUAGCGGCAGGCUCGUAGUAGAACGCAGGAGUUUGAUAUGGGGCAGGGUGUCAGCAGAGGCUUUAACCUCUCUGCACAUCCUUCCAAAGCUAGUGUAGUUCCUGCUUAGCACCUCCUCACACGCUGCUGGUCUCCAACUGCUGUCUCAGUAUCCUGUUUACUCGCAUCUAGCAUUUGAAAAGUGUCAGCUUUUUUUUGUUUGUAAUUUAUUUAUUUAUCUGCUCAAUUGGCACUUGCUUCGAAUUCUGUGGCCAUGAAGAUUCAGUUUGCUGUGAUAACGUGUCGGCUCCUGUAAAGAUGGGCUCAUCAGAUCUACUGUGUGUGGCAGAAGCUGAAGAGUUGGUAAACAGCAUAAAGCUCCAAUCUGUGUGUGUCUGUGUGUGUGUGUGUGCGUGUGUGUGUGUGUGUGUGCGUGUGCGUGCGUGCGUGUGAAUAUGUUUUUGUACUCGAAGCAUAAUCCUUCCUCUUUGACAGGAGAAAAUGUUUGGCAUGUGUGGUUGCACCUUUAAAAGCUUAACAAAAUUAGAUUAAUGCUGAAAAGAUGCCUUUAUAAUUUUAACUCUUAAUUAAUUGACAUUAUUACUUUAAUACACGAUCUAUAAAUUCUAGGAUUAUUGAAAAAUAAAAUGGUUACAGUGCUGUAGAAAGACUUUUUUGUUCCAACAUUGUGUAUGUGAUUUGAAAAUGCAGAUUUCGUUUAAUUCUUUUAAAAUCUUUGCUUUGUAUAAAUUAACAUCCAGUUUUCAUAUUUUUUUUAACGAAGGUGAAAAAAGUUGAAGAAAAAGCUCACCUAGUCAUUUUUGUCAGAUUAUUUAGAAAAAGGCAAAAACAGAAAAAAAAACAAACACAAAUGAAAACCUAAAUUUGGAAAAGCGCUGUUGUCAUGGAGCUGAGCGCAGUGCUGAAGCGCUGGGCCUACU